CUCUGAGCAACGUAUCAGUCACUUUCUAGUUACUUCACGGAUAGCUUCAACUGUAAAAUUCGAAAAAAUGAAGAUUUUCGCAAUCGUCUUGGCUGUCGUGUUGGUCUCGGUGAAAGCUGCCCCGAGCGACGGUACCGCUCCAGGAUCUUCCGACGUGAAACUGACUGAUCUCAUCCAGCAGGCCCAGACGAACAUCAAUAAUCUGGCCACGCAGAUCCAGGAGCAACUGAAUAUCCCGGAUCAGGAUACCAUCGUGAAAACAGUCAAGGAACAGAGCUCGAACUUUGUUACGACCAUGCAGGAAUUCAUGAAGAACAUGACUGAAGAGGCCAAGAAGAAAAGCCCGGAAUUGGAAGGAGUGUGGAACGACGUGAAAGCGAAAAUUACCGAGGGCAUCGAUAGUCUGAGUACUACUCUUAACGCCGAAACGCAGGUAGCGGAGUUGAAAAAUAAAUUCCAACAAGGAGUUGAAACAGUGUUGACGGAAUCCAACAAUGCCGCAAAGAACCUGAGCCAGCACUCCGGAAAGAUUCAAGAGGAUCUUGCUAAGAUCACGAAACAGGCAGUCGAUAUUGCCGUGGAGGCGACGCAAAAUCUAAAUAAACAGCUUCAACAAGCCGCUGCUACUCCGAAAAGUUAAACAACUGAUAGCCCCAAUGAUGUCACAGCGAGAUUGUAUUAAUUAUCCUAUGUAAAGAAAACAGAAAGAGAAAAACGCUAAGAUCGUGCUGUCGUUUUUGAAAAGUAUUUUUCCCUUCAAUUUUCCAAGUUUUCGCAGUAAUGUCAACAUUUUUAUUAUAAACAUGUAAUAAGUUAAAUAUACAAAUUAAUGCAAA